AUGCAUAAACCAUCACCAUCACUGCUUUCGUUGCAAGACUAUGCGACCUUUCAAUACAUGUUGGCACCUCCUUCCAUUGCAUCUCCCAUUGUCCGCAGCAUUGAAUCCUUUGUCUUUUACAACGAACCGUACAAUCCAAACAAGGCCGAAAAAGAUCACCGACGCAUGAUCAAGGGGACUGUGAAUCUAAUUUCGUAUUAUGGGUGUUGUCUAGUACUCCUUCCAUCUCAUUUAUUGGGCAUGAGCAAAUGGAUAUCAUCAUCGUCAGAGGACGAAGACAAUAAGAAGAACAAGCCCAACAAGAAUGACAGCAAUGAUUCCAAAAAGGUCCUGCGACGAUUUCGAUAUUCCUACUUUUGCGGGAUGGUGCAAGUCGACACCAGACAUGUGCAACUUUCAGAAAAGGAGGAGAAGGAGGAUGGUGCUAGUAAUCCAACUUCGUUUCGAUUGGUGGAAUACCUGGACAUUUCGCCAUGGGCUUGGGUCAUUUGCGAAGCUUUUUAUAUAACAAUCAUUGCAUCUGCCAUUGGGUUCCAUCAAACACUCAUUAGUACGGAUCCGUCACUCUCGGUGGUCUGGACGACAUUUGUGACUACGGUCGCGGCACUCAAUGCUGCUGGACUCCUCUUUCUAAAAAUUCGAAACAACUUUGAAUAA